AGUCAUCAACAAACUAAUCCAAUCCAAUCUUUUAUUUUAAUAAAUAGAUCAUUUAUCAACACAAUCUUCCAUAAGUUUUGAGAAGCUGAAGAAGUGGUAAAACUCCGUUGUACGAGAAUGAGUUGAGGUUAAGAUGUGUCAACUUAGAUACGAGAAUGGCAGUUUUGAGAAGGAUCGCCAUUCUUGGACAAUGCUCCAUCCAAACCAACUCCAUGUCACGCUCCGUUUCGUUCCGGAAUCUAGACGCCCACCAACUGCUCGACGAAAUGCCCCAACGCGAUGUCAAAUCCGCAACUGCUCUGAUUGGCCAACUUGCGAAGCGAAAUCGACAUGCCGAAGCCAUCGCUUGCUUCACAAGAAUGCUCCUUCUCGACAUCAAACCCAACGACUACACUUUCGCCACACUCAUUCAUUCCUCCGCGCUCCUCAAAGACCUCCGCCUCGGCAAACAGAUUCAAUCCCACGCUAUCAAAGCCGGCUUCAGCUCAAACGUCUUCGCUGGCAGCGCCAUUUUGGAUCUUUAUGUCAAGUUGAGCAGCUUUCACGACGCUUUGAGGGCUUUCGAGGAUAUCAAUGAGCCAAACGUGUUCUCCUACGCCUCGUUGAUCCGCGGCUACACCAAGGAAGGAAGGUUUGAUGAAGCCCGCGCUUGUUUCCGAUCAAUGCCCGAGAGGAAUGUGGUUUGUUGGAACACCAUGAUCAGCGGGUGCAGCCAAUCGGGGAGGAACGAGGAAGCUGUGAAUCUGUUGGUGGAGAUGUUGAGAGAGGGGGUUACGCCUAUUCAAUCCUCGUACCCUUGCGCCAUCAUUGCCGCUGCCAAUAUGGGGUCGUUGGGGCUAGGAAGGAGCAUUCAUGCCUCCGCAGUGAAGCACUUGGGCCAGCUUGGCUUGUUUCUUGGAAAUUCUUUGAUUAGUUUCUAUGCAAAGUGUGGGAGCAUGGAGGAUAGUCUGCUGGCAUUCAAGAAAACGCUUGAGAGGAGCGUGGUGUCGUGGAACGCGCUCAUCUGUGGCUACGCGCAGAACGGGGAAGGGAGCGCUGCGGUUGAUGCGUACGAGAAGAUGAAGGUUGCGGGCGUUGAGCCAAACGGUGUGACUCUUCUCGGUUUGCUGUUGGCGUGCAAUCACGCGGGCCUUGUUGAUGAGGGCUGCAACUACUUCAAGCAAGUGAGGCGUGGUGAUCCGGGGCUCCUGAGGGCGGAGCACUACGCGUGCUUGAUGGAUUCGCUGUCUCGGGGUGGGAGGUUCGAGGAGGCAGAGAGGUUUCUUGUUGAGUUGCCGUUUGAUCCCGGGAUUGGGUUCUGGAAAGCGUUGCUGGGAGGGUGCCGGGUGCAUUCCAACUGGGAGUUGGGGGAGGUUGCAGCAAGAAGAAUCUUGGAGUUGGAUCCGACGGAUGUAUCGUCGUAUGUGAUGCUGUCGAAUGCUCAGUCAGCUGCAGGGAGGUGGGAGGAGGUGAGGGAGAUAAGGCAGAGGAUGAGAGAGAAGGGGUUGAGCAGGAUUGCUGGGAGUAGUUGGAUACAAGUUAAGAGCGAGGUUCAUGUGUUUGUAACGGCAGAUAAAACACAUGCCAAUAAGGAUGAGAUUUAUGAUGUUCUGAGAUUAAUAGAUACCAACGUUUUAACUGGAUUUUGAA